AUGGCCGAAGUUCGCAGAAAAGGAGGAGACUCCAGCGACCAGUUAAGCGUUCUCGGCCAGUACGAGGUUCAGUUUAGUCUCUUCAAGGAGAAAAGCUUUCAAUGGCUGGCGGAAAAUGGACUUGGAUAUGCGGAAUGGCUGGUGGACAAUAUGAGGACCGAGACUGCUACAACAGCACCGUUGUCAAAGAACAAAUACUCGUUUAAAAACUAUUUAAACAGUUUUUUUCCGAUGGCCAGAGUGUUGUGCAGUUGA